UUUCUGCUUCUUUCACUUAGUUUGUUCAUGAACACCCAGGAGUGUGUUUUCACAUCCCCGUUCAGUUCCGUCCAGAAACAGUUGUCCCGCUCGUAUGCGUUGAGCCUCCUGCCCAGUCCUGCAUCACCAUGUCCACCGGAUCUCUAAGCGACGUCGACGACGAACUCUUGGAUGGCAUUCUAAAGUUCGGCUCCUGUGGUAAGGACUCCAAUGAGAGCACAGAAGAGAGCUCUAACUGUGAAGGCAGCUUCGCUACUGAGGGCAGAAGGAAAGAAGCGUCCGGCAAGAAGCGCAAGACCGCGUCGCGCAAAAGCGCACCGAAGGGUGUGGCGCAGCAGGAGGGCAAACAGGUGCAGAGGAACGCAGCUAACGCGCGGGAAAGAGCCAGGAUGCGAGUCCUGUCCAAGGCCUUUUCACGGCUGAAGACCUCCUUACCGUGGGUGCCACCGGACACCAAGCUCUCCAAACUGGACACGCUGCGCCUGGCGUCCAGCUACAUCGCACAUCUCCGACAGAUCCUGGCCAACGACAAGUACGAAAACGGAUAUACGCACCCAGUUAACCUGACGUGGCCCUUCAUGGUCGCUGGAAAACCGGAGACUGAUCUGAAGGAGAUGCUCAACUCAACACGGUUAUGCGGAACAACUGCAUCCUGAUGUAUUAUUUUUAUUUUUUUUCUCAAAAGACAGAAAACAAAAACUUCCAGCUUUGACUGAAAUACAGUCUCAUCUCCACAGACUGAGAGUGGGAAUAACGGAGAGAGCGCAUCCUCUCAAUCUCUCCAUAACGUUCCCGUAACUAAACAGAUCAAUUUAUUUAAACAGAGAUUGUCUUUGCUGGUUCAAAGACAAUCUUUCUGUAUUUUCCUUUCUACUUUGUCAUAAUCUACAGGUGUUUUCUCCUGGUUUAAAUGUCUGUACAGAAUGCAUGUAUAUAAAAAUAUUUUUCCAACUUUUAAA